AUGACUACCAUCAAGACAUACAGCUCAGAUGAGCUGGUCGCUGAGAAGGAUGCUUAUGUGGUCCAGGAAACGGAUGAAGCAACCAUUCUCGCCCGUUAUGGCGUGGAACGACAACCCGACGGCCUCAUCAACUGGCAACGCAGCUGCAAGAAGCACCCUCGGAACUGGUCCACGGCGAGGAAGACGUUCGAUACCGUCAUUAUCAUCUUUUUCGAGUUUUACACCACUGUCAUAAGCACAACGGGAGCAGUGGCUGCAACAGAAGCCGGGCCAGAAUAUGGGCUUAGUCGACAGACGUCUCUCGUUGGUUUUACUCUAAUGUACCAACUUGGACAAGCUGUCGCGGGCUUCAUCAUCCCACCCUUCUCGGAGCUCUACGGUCGUCGUCUCCCCUACCUGGUAUCCUGCGCGGCCUUCUGUCUGUUCAGCCUCCUGACGGGCGUAUCGCAUUCCCCAACCGCGGUCUACGUCGGCCGCUUCGUCGCAGGCCUGGCGUCUGCCGUGCCGUCAGUGGUCAUAGCAGGCAGCGUGGAAGACAUGUUCAACACCAAGCGCCGGGUCUGGGUCAUCGUCCUCUGGAACGCGGGGGCUGUCAUCGGCUUGUGCAUCGGACCCGUGUACGCGGCCUACAUCUCGGAGGCGGUCGGCUGGCGUUGGGUGUUCAACAGCGCGGCCGUCACCACCGGGGUGUUGUUUGUCGCCCUCUUCGGUGUCAAGGAGAGCAGACCUAGCCUCCUGCUCGGGCGGACUAUUCGGCGCAUCGGGAAGGAGACGGUGAUUCAUGAUCUGAGCUGGCACAAUCCCGACGAGGCCCCUGACUGGAGGGCCCUGGUCCGGAUUAGCGUGGUCAGGCCUGGGAAAAUCCUCGUCACGGAGCCCCUGGUGAUCAUGGUCGCGCUCAUCUCUGCCUCGUCCUGGGGCAUGAUAUACCUGUUCACCGAGUCUCUCACGAUAGUCUACCUCUCGCUUGGAUUCACCAAGACGCAGGCUUCGCUGCCGUUCCUCGCCAUUGCUGUUGGAGUACUGUUUACUUUCUUACCUCGUCUCUGGGACAUGAAGGUCGUCCGGGACUGCCAACGGAAGCAGAUCCCCGUUCAGCCCGAGGACAAGAUCAUGGGCUUCGCCUUCGCGGCACCCGCGCAGGCCAUCGGUCUGGCAUGGUUCGCGUGGACCAUCCCGCCGCUGGUGGGAGGCGUGCACUGGAUGAUACCAACGGCCUCGCUCGUCCUCGUGGGGUUCGCGGCCAACGAGACGAGCCACACGCUGAGCGGAUACCUCGCGGACUCGUACCUGCUGUACUCGGCGUCGGCCUUCUCGGGGCUGGCCCUGGUGCGGGCCGUCGCGUCGGGGUUGAUGCCGCUCGUGGCCCACGAGAUGUACGCCGGGCUGAACGCCAACGUGGCGGGCACGAUCCUCGCGGGGCUGGCUGGGGCGUUCUGCGUGACACCGUGGAUCUUCUUCCGGUACAGCAAGCGCUUGAGGCAGAGGAGCCCGUUUGCGAGGUUCAGUCUUGAGACCCAUUACAGGACGAAUGUGGAGGCGAACUGA